AUGUUCCGUUACGACAGCAGCUGGACUGACUCGCAGAAGCUCGCAGGCAAUCCAAGGAUGCUCACGGCGUUGAAGCAGAUGGCGAAGCCGCACGCUCGCGGAUACUUUGGAGUAGAGGCCAAGGCUUACGGUUACUCCACCCAUGUUGACCUCGACAAGCUCAAGGUCCCUUCAGCUCAUCACAUCUUCCACUGUGCUCGUGAGCUCAACGCCUUCAACGAUGGCUGGAACACGACCGCCCCGUCGGAUUGUUAA